CACACACACACAGGAAGUCAGACAACUAAGAAAAAAAAGCACUCCUCAUCCUCCCAAGUCCCUCUCGGUUCUCUGGGCUUCUUCCGAAGACAAAAAUUAGCAACUUUUCUCUCAAAGAAGAAUUCCUCUCAUUUUCGGCUCUUUUCUUGGCCCACCAAUAGACAAGCCACAAAAAAAAAUAAUCUUUUCCCUCCCUCUCUCGGCUAGCUCUUAGGAGUAACAGACAAGAACAAAAACCAAACAAAAAAACAAAAAACUCCACUGAAAUUUUCUUUUGGACCUCUCGGCUCCCUCUACCCAUUUUUCUUCCACAAAAUCAAACACAAAAAGGGAGGCAGCUAUCGGUUGGACAACUGAAGCUUGGAAUUUCCUCCAAACUCUAGCCAAAGGACCGUAAUUCUAGUUGAGAACCAUGAAUGGAGUCGACGAUGAUGGCUUUCCAGCUCCUAAGCUCUUCUCUCAGGGCUACUCCUACACCUAUGACGACCUCAUCUUCCUCCCCCACUUCAUCGACUUCUCCACCGAUGAUGUCUCCCUCUCCUCUCCUCUCUCCCGCAACCUCUCCCUCUCCCUCCCCUUCGUCUCCUCCCCCAUGGACACCAUCUCCGAGUCCUCCAUGGCCUCAGCCAUGGCCUCCCUCGGCGCCUUCUCCUUCAUCCACUCCAACAACUCCCCCUCCCACCAGGCCUCUCUCGUUCGCGCCGCCAAGUCCCACCGACUCCCUUUCUCCUCUGAUCUCAUCUUCCUCUCCCCCUCAGACUCCAUCCUCUCCCUCGAAGACUUUGGCUCCUCCCCUUGCAUCUUCGUCACCAGCUCUGGCACCAGCCGUUCCAGGCUCUUGGGCCUGGUCUCUCGCUCCGAUUGGGAGGCUUUGCCCUCCGAGUAUUCCAAGGAUGCCAGGAGGGUCUCCGAUUACAUGAGGAAGGUGGACCGCGACUUCUGUUCCUUGCCCAAUGGUUCUACUUUGGAGGAUGUUGCUGCCUAUUUGGCUGCUCGUAAACUCGAUUUCGUCCCCCUGGUCAGGACAGCGGCCCAUGACGGCGAUGAGGACGAGGUGGUGAACCUGGCCACUUUUUCUGACGUCGAGAGGAUCAAGGGGUUCCCCAAGCUAGGCCUCCCCUCCCUCGGCCCGGACGGCAACUUUCUGGUGGGUGCCUCCAUUGGGACCCGCGAGUCUGACAAGGAGAGGCUGGAGCAUCUGGUCAAGGCUGGGGUCAAUGCGGUGGUCUUGGACAGCUCUCAGGGGAAUUCCAUUUAUCAGCUGGAGAUGAUCAAGUACGUGAAGAGGACGUAUCCGGGGUUGGAUUUGAUUGGAGGGAAUGUGGUGACCAUGUAUCAGGCCCAGAACUUGAUUCAGGCAGGCGUUGAUGGAUUAAGGGUUGGCAUGGGUUCUGGUUCCAUUUGCACCACCCAAGAGGUCUGCGCUGUUGGCCGUGGACAGGGCACAGCUGUUUAUAAAGUAUCAUCUAUUGCUGACCAAAGUGGUAUCCCUGUCAUUGCCGAUGGUGGCAUUUCAAAUUCCGGGCACAUUGUCAAGGCUUUAGUUCUUGGGGCAUCAACUGUGAUGAUGGGCAGCUAUUUAGCUGGAAGCACUGAAGCUCCAGGCACUUACCAAUAUCAGGAUGGCAUUCGAGUCAAGAAAUACAGGGGCAUGGGAUCUUUGGAAGCAAUGACAAAAGGGAGUGAUGCAAGAUACUUGGGUGAUACAGCUAAACUGAAAAUAGCUCAGGGUGUAGUUGGAGCAGUUAGAGACAAAGGAUCAAUUCUUAAGUUUAUACCCUAUACAGUGCAAGCAGUGAAGCAGGGUUUCCAGGAUCUUGGUGCUUCAUCUGUUCAAUCUGCACAUGACCUGUUAAGAUCGGAGGUGCUGAGGCUUGAGGUUCGAAGUGGAGCAGCACAAGUCGAAGGUGGAGUUCAUGGUUUGGUAUCUUAUGAAAAGAAAUCUUUUUGAAACCUUAAUUGAUGCUACCAUUUUUUGAAGCCUUUUGCAAUUCUUUUGCUGCGCCAUCUGCAAUCCUGUGGUCCGUGUUAAUUACAUGCAUUGUUUUUUGAUGGCUAUGGGUGGAAUCUCUUCUUUUGGUUUGAAGAGCCAUCUAGGGCAGAAGCCAUAUUACUGCAUGCACUGCAAUUAAUUGGCUUUUGGAUUUCAAGUAUCGGCUACUGUUAAAGAGUAGAUUAUGAUUCUUUGAUAUAUUAAUUUUACUGAUUAAGCGGGGAAGUGUGUUGGUUAAAUAACAAGGACUUAUUUCACUUGCUGCUUCUUUGUAUGCACCAUAUGUGCUCCCUAAAUUGGCAGUCUAAAGCAUAUGAUCCCCAGUAUUCAUCCUAAGGAUUGGGGAUGAAGGGGAAAGCGGCAAGGCAGCCAGCUAUGCAUGUUAGGAUCUUUCCAUUACAAAGGCAAACGCUCAGCAGUCAGCAUCUGCACAUGUUUUCGUAUCACAUGCAUGGUAAGUUUCGAAAUUUGCUCUUCGAGAUAUAUUCUCUGCCGGGAUUAGACAAUUUUUAGCUUUGCAUAUUGGAAAAAACGUCUCUUGCAUAUCUAGGGUGUACAAGCAAGGCUGGCGUGAGAGCAGGGCUGCGGGCUUAAGCAAGUCUCUGUUCCCACCAGAAAUUUGCAGGAAUGAGCUUCGUGGUGGUAUAGAUAAAACAGUUCUAAGCAGCUGAUUCCGAGCUGGAGUGCGCCUUUACUUCUUUGGUUGAAUUGGAUUGCCAGCACUAAUCUUAAAUUAGUUUCAUGGCCAGGAUUAUUUACUGUCUUAUUAGCUCAGUGUCCAGGAUUAGUUACUGUAUUUGGUGGAUCCUUUGGAAGAGGACAAGCACCAAAGCAGUAGUUACCCUGAGCCACUUCAGCCUAAACGUUCUUCUAUCUAAGAACUAGUCUUUUGCACGA